GUCCAAAGUAGACAUAAAUAAAAAAAACUUUAACAAAUAAAUAGUCAUUGUUGUUCAUUUCCGACGUUAACAAAUUAAAUUUUUGCUUUUACCAGAUUAAACAAAACAAAAAAUGGAAUAAAAUUCUAUUCCUGAAACUGUUGCCCUUGAAGGUUAUCUUACUGGUUACAUGUUUACAUAUAGGUUGUGCUUGUUUCAGCUUAACUUUCUCUGGGAUAAUUAGAAAUAAUUUUAAUUUCCUUAUUGAUAACGAAAAUAUUAUUAGAAAAUUAUAAUACUAUAAAAAAGUAAAAUCACACUUACAAAAGCUAGGCAGAAUAAAAUAAAUUUGUAUAGUUUUUGCAAAUUUAUUUUUCAUCAAAUUUUGACAGUAAUAUUUGUUAAUGAACAAAUCUUAAUAUGAUGACAUUACCUACCUCUGAGGUUGAAUUAUUUAUUUCUUGCAGAGAGCUUAUUGUGAAGGAUGUAUUAUCCAAAUCAGAUCCGAUGUGUGUUACAUCCAUUCGUCAAUUUGGCGAAGAUAAAUGGAUCGAGUACCAUCGAACAGAAUGUUUAGAAAACACAAAAGAUCCGCAUUUUGCCAAAAGUUUACAGAUGACUUACAGGUUUGAAGAACAACAGCCCCUACGUUUCGAAAUAUAUGACUGUGAUUCUUCUAGUACUUUUUUGGGAGAUCAUGAUUUUAUUGGAUCUGUUACUUGCCAACUAGCUCAAAUCAUCAGUCUUGGAAAGAUUGAAAUGAAGUUAGAACCUAGAGAUAAGAGCGUUACUACAAAUCCAGGUUUUAUCCAAAUUUCUGUAGAGGAACUACCAUCAAUAAAAGAUGAAGUUACAUUAAAAAUUCGAGGAGCAGAUUUGGAUAAAAAAAAUUGGUUUUGGAAAUCAGAUCCAUUUCUGGAAAUAUAUAAAGCUACUGAAAAUGCUGGAUAUCUUCUAGUUUAUCGCUCUGAGACUAUAAAAAAUACUCUCGAUCCUGACUGGUUAGAGUUUUCCAUUCCUGCUCGCAAGUUAUGUAAUGGUGACCAUUUUCGAACUCUAAAGUUCAUCUGUUAUGAUUGGAAUAGCAGUGGAGAUCAUAUAUUGAUUGGAGAGUUUUCUACAGAUUUGAAAACUAUUAUGGAAAAAUCACCUUCCAGUUUUAAAUUAAUGAAAUCUAAGAAGCAGAAUAAAAGUGGAUAUAAAGGCUCUGGGGAUAUAAUUUUUGAGAAGUGUAUUUUGAAACCGAUUAACACUUUUGUGGACUAUAUAAUGGGAGGAACGCAACUGUUUUGUACAUUUGCUAUUGACUUCACAGGUUCAAAUGGUGACCCUCGUAAUCGAGAAUCAUUGCAUCAUAUUAGUGAAACAAGCAUGAACUUGUAUGAACAGGCCAUCAUGUCGGUGGGUGCCAUUAUUGAAAAUUAUGAUUCUGACAAACAAUUUCCAGUAUUGGGUUUUGGCGCACAGUUACCAGGAGGUCAGGUGUCGCAUGAAUUUUUUGUCAAUAUGAAUCCAGCUACUCCAUAUUGUGAUAGGGUUAAUGGAGUUUUACAAGCAUACAGAAAUUUCAUCAGCCUAGUCAUUUCUGGAACAGCUCAAUUAUAUGGGCCAACAAAUUUUGCAUCAGUUAUAAAUCAUGUUGCGAAAUUCGCUUCGUCUUAUACAGAUGGAUCAAGUUAUUUCAUACUGCUGAUCAUAACUGAUGGGAUUAUAACUGACAUGCCGCAGACUUGUAAGGCUAUUGUUAAUGCUUCCAAACUGCCAAUGUCUAUAAUUAUUGUUGGAGUGGGAACAGCUGACUUUAGUGCAAUGGAGCAACUAGAUGGAGACACUGUAGCUUUAACAGCUGGUGGAGAGAAAGCAACUAGAGAUAUUGUCCAGUUUGUUCCAUUUUCAAAAUUUGUGGGAGGUUCCAUACCAUGGGGAGAUCUCCUCGCUAGAGAAGUUCUGGCUGAGAUCCCUGACCAGUUUUUAAAUUAUAUGAAAAUUAAUAAGAUCCCGCCUAAACCUAAAUCUGCCACCAUAUAUCCGGGAUUCGUUCCAUUUUGUAAUCCUGGAUCAUAGAAGAUUACAUUCGCUGUAAUAAAACUGUUAUAGUUUAAAUAUUUAAAAAUUAUUGAGGCCAUAUUUUUAAUUAAUCAAAACUUUUUUUAUAUUCUAUUAUAGCUCUCUAGUUAAAAAUGUUAUUCAUUUAUAUAUUUACUUAGCCUCAUAUUAUCAGACGGGCAUCUGUCAUUUUUAUUAACAUGAGACAUCCAAUUUUCAUAACACAGCUUCAAUUUAAACCAAUUCUAGUGAUUUUUUUUUUCUUCAUGAAUCAACUUGAAUAUUCUUAGAUAAAACAUAUAAAACAAAGUGUCUUUUUCUCUUCUUUCUGAAAAUGAUGGAUGUCCGUAUAUGAUAUGAGACCACUCAUAUACAUAUAUAUAUAUAUUUAUAGAUAUGUAUAUGUACUGUCAACAUAUGCUGUUGUAUCAGUGUGUAAAUAAGAGUAUAUUCGUUAUUUUAUUAGAAUCAUGUACCAACUAGGUUUAGCUUUUUAAACUUUAAAUAUGCAAGGAUUAUUUUGCCUCUAUUAAUUGAUGAAGUUUUCGGCAGAUUUGAAAACAAUAUUAUCUUUGUAACAUCACCAUGAACAAAAGUCCAGACAUCCCAUCCUGAUGACUUUUAAGGCUGUGACCAAUAGCUUUGUGAAGUUAACCAUUAUCUGGACAUGUGGAUAUUUGUUUAUAACAAAAAUAUUUUGCAGAUGGCUAUUCACAUAAAAAAUAUUGUAUGUUUUUUUCUGUUGGCAUUACAGACUAUGUAGAUCUUUUACUUUAACAAGCAUGCUUCAUCUUCGCUUGUCUUUGGCUAUUUCUUUCCAUUUAUCUGCAUGCAUCUCUGUUGAUUGUAUCUAUUCGUCCGCUUUUUGGCCUUCCACGUGGUCUCUUGCCUACUAAUCUGGCAUUCAUUGUUACGUAGAGGCUUCCAGAUGGAUUGCUACGAGCUACAUGUUCCGCCUAUCUUAACAUCUGUGCCUUCAUAUCAUGGGAUAUUGAUUGACCAGUUUCUGUUAGCAGUUCUUUGUUGGUCUUUCUUCUUCAUGUGUUAGUACUCUGAUCCCAGAUCGCUCCGGUUAUCGUGCGGAGGAUUGAUGAACAGAUGAAGGCACUCAAAUCUUUCAACACUUUUUUCUAUGAUGCUGGUUAGUGUCCAGGUGUCUGACUUUAUCAUAGCAUUGUACACCCUUAGUUUGAGAUUUCAAUACCUUUAAGAGGGAGAAGGUAUAUAUAUAUAUAUAUAUAUAUAUAUAUAUAUAUAUAUA